AGCUCUCAACACCAACGUUCUCGAGGCGUACUUCGUUUACAGGAUAGAAGGUACUUCACGUCGCAAAUAAGUCUACGCAGGAGACAUUGAAGCUAUGGGCUUCACCACCGGCUUGCUCGGCGGCUUUACGCUCACAGCUUCGGUACUUUACCUCUCAGCGCAAUACCACACACGGAAUCGCAUCAACCAGGCAGCGUUGAUCAAGCAGCAGGCUGCUGUCCUCAACAACAUUGUCGACCCUCAACCUCUACCUCCACCGCCGCCAUUCCGUGAAGUACGCGGCGGAACGUGGGAGACCGCAAAAGACAAAUGGAAUGCAGAAUUGGAGAACGGAGUGCGGAGGUUACAGAGCGUGGACUGGAACGCGGUACAGGAUAAUAUUGAGGAGACUGUGAGCGCGCUAUACAGGAAGGCAUUUGUGAAGGCACGAGAGGUGAUCCCGGAUCCGCCUAAAUGAGUUUGCUGUCUGGGAAGACGGAUUGAUUCGACCGAGGCCUGUUGAUCCCUUGUCCCGCCUACGGUUUGGGGUUUUGUGCGACCCUGCCAGCAUGCAGCAAAUCUUUUCACAAACGUGGCACUUCGCCUCGCAGUACACAGAUAAGCCGCGCAAGUUCUGUUCGGUGCAGGACAGCAAAAUGUUCUGGUAUGCGCUGGCGGAUUUUUUCUGUCGAAACGCCUUGAUGUGCUCUCGGGAUGUGACACUCGAAAUUGUCAUAUCGCAGUAUCCCUGCUUUCUCAAUACGCUCAUACAAAUAGACACAAUCAAACGUGAAAUUUCCAUGAUG